UCUCACAUGCGGAAGUGAAAGUGCAGAAAGUGUUUAUAUUUGUUCCUCAGACGUUGAUUAACUCGGAGUAACAGCAUAUAAAAAGGAUUUCUGAACAAACAUCGCUAAAAUGUCUGUCGCAAACCCGAAACAAACAAUAAUGAAUCCAACGAUUCCUUAUGCUGGUACCAUCCUGGGCGGACUUCAACCUGGAGAGAUGGUGCUUAUUCAGGGCAGUGUACCCAGUGAUUCUGACAGAUUUCAGGUUGACCUGACGUGCGGGAGCAGCAUGAAGCCUCGGGCAGAUGUGGCCUUUCAUUUUAAUCCUCGCUUCAAGCGGUCUCCCUACAUCGUCUGUAACACACUGCAGAAGGAGCGCUGGGGAAAAGAGGAGAUCCACUACCUGAUGCCCUUCAGUCACGGCGCUGCCUUUGAGAUCAUCAUACUUGUUCAGAAAGAUUUGUUCAAGGUGGCAGUAAAUGGUUCUCACCUGCUGGAGUACAGGCACAGGAUAGAGCUCAAGAAGGUGGACACGCUGGCCAUAUCAGGGAAAGUUCAGAUUCAAGCCAUUGGGUUUAUUCCCAAUUCAGCAAGCAAGAGCUCCAUAACACCUUCAAAUGCAGCUGUGAGCAAAAGAACACAGCCUUAUUCAGUCAUGUCGGAGUCAGGUGACACGAGUCUUCCAUUUAUGAGCAAACUUGCGAAAGGAUUGAGUCCAGGAGAGUCCAUUAUGGUAAAAGGGCAGAUCCCUGGUUUUCCAACGAGUUUCUCUGUGAACUUUCGCAUCAGUAACUCAGAGGACAUUGCUUUUCACUUAAACCCGCGUUUCAAAACUGGUUCCUUUGUUCGGAACUCUUUCCUGUCUGGUUGUUGGGGGCCUGAGGAGACCUCCCUCCCCAGCUUUCCCUUGUCACCUGGUCAAUACUUUGAGAUGAUCAUCCUGUGUGAGGCUCAGGAGUAUAAAGUGGCAAUAAACGGCUUCCACCUGCUGAGUUACAAGCACCGUGUGCAGGAUCUAAGUUGUGUGGAUGUGAUAGAGAUUGCGGGAGAUAUAGAACUUAUGGAUGUCAAGAUUUGGUGAGCAGCUCCAGCCUGACGACCAUUCCCUUGUUUUCUCCAACCAAGUAUAUUUAAUCAACCUGAGACUCCUGUGACUGAAGUUAAUCUGAACCAUAUUCAAGUUAUAGUUUGAAUUUGGCCUAAAAUACUAUACCUGGUGUGUUUUUGCGGUUUUGUGUCACUAUAAAAUCUGUCCAAUCUGACUGAACAUCAUACUCAACCACUCUGUCUAACAAUUAGCACAUGUGAACUUUUAUUCUUUGCUUUGUGUUUUCAAUUUCAGCUGUAAUUAUUAUUUUGUUAAGGUGUGAUCUUAAUGACGAGUUCCAAUGCAAUGGCAGAAAGAAGUUAACUGCCCUUAACUAAGAUCAUUUGCUGAAUAUUUGUGAGAUCUGGAGAUGAUCUGAACUUGAACUUCAAUGAGAUGGAGUUGACUCCACAAUUUCUUGUGUGGAACACGAACAGGUCAAAAAUAGGUCAAAAAAGGUUGCACACCCCGGACAUAACAGAUGGAUGGAAAAAAGCUACCAUCUGGCAGGAUGUUAAUGGUUGUGCGACAGUAAUUGUACUGUCUGUCUAGCCAUUUGUUUUCAGAAUCAUUCCAAGCUAAUUCCAGGCAUUUGGAAAAUUACAGAUUGCAGCUUUAAAUUUUACACUGUUAGGGCAAAAACAGGGCUGAUAAACAUGGUCAUCUAUAAACCUUACCACUCAUAAGUAUAAUAAUUGAAGUUGUUUCUUAAAACAUUUCAAUUUCCUUUCUGCAGGAGGUGUAAUUUUUACAUCAGACAAGCAGAAAAUUUGCUAUUGCAAGGCCUGCUCUAAUGCAUUUGACUUGGCAUGACAGCCUUAGUUCCAGAACUAAAGAUAAGCCAUUUUAUUUUGGUUUAUUUGUAUAUGUAAUAGCAGAAUUAUGCAACAUUCCAACAGCCUAAAGUUGCUUUUCGCUAUUACUAGUUUUAACAAUCAGGUCAUUUUUGAUAUUAAUAUAUUUGUGUUUUUGUUCCUCUGAUAUCUGUUGAUCAAUGCAUUAAAGACAAGCAAUAUUAUAUUAAAAAUAAUAAACAUAAUAUAAAUCUUUUA